AAAUUAACAGUAAAGCUUUUAUUUUGAAGCUGAAAGUUCUUCAUGUAGUCAGAUCCUCUCAGCGGAAGCGUCCACACGUGGAUAAUGGAGCUUUAAGAAACAGAGCUUAAUAACAUCUUUAUAAUCAGGACUUUGACCUCGGUGACCAUCAUGACGGGGAAGAAGAGGCCGCAACGAGAGGUCGUAACCUCGAAGGAGACGAAGAUGGCGGCGAGCAGCAGUGACGAAGAGGACUCUGACGUGGAGAGGAACUUCGCCCUGCUCAGCGAGAGAGUACAAGGAGGAGGAGGAGGAGAAGAGUCCUGGGACCAGGAAGAGGAAGUGAAUGAUGAGGAGGAAGAGGGAUCUGAUGUUGGAGAGGAGGAGGAGGAAGAGGAGGAGGAAGGAUCUGAUGCUGGAGAGGAGGAGGAAGAUGGUGGUGAGGAAGAGGAUGGAGACAGUGAAGCUUCCGAGGAGGAGGAAGAGGAAGAGUCAGAAGUUGCCGGUGGCAGCGGUGAGAUCCAGACCAGAGAGGACAUAAAGACCGAACUCUCCAACAUGUCCUUCGAGGACAUCAUGAAGCUGCAGAACAAAGUAGGGACCAAAGUUUACAACGAGGUCGCCUACGGCAACGAGAAGCGGGUCGAGAGGAGCAAGAAGAAACGACUCAACAAGAACAGGCCGAUGGAGGUCUCAGCGAAGAGACGGGCUCCGUUCCUCCGUCAGGUGGUCCCGGUGAAGAAGGCGACGCUGAGAGAUCCGCGGUUUGACGAUCUCUCCGGUGAAUACAAGCCGGAGAUCUUCGAGAAGACGUACAAAUUCAUCAACGACAUCAAGACCAGAGAGAAGGAGAUCAUCCAGAAGAGGCUGAAGAAGACGAAGAACACCGAGAGGAAGGAGACGCUGCAGUUCCUCCUGAAGAGGAUGGAGAACCAGGAGCGAGCCAGGCAGAGCCGCGAGGAGCAGAGAGAGAGAGAGCUGCAGUUCAAGAGGCAGCAGAGAGAACUGGCCAAUCAGGGAGCCCGACCGUUCUUCAUCAAGAACUCGGAGAAGAAGAAGCUGCUGCUGGCGGAGAAGUAUCAGGAUCUGAAGAAGAGCGGCAAACUGGAAAACUUCCUGAGCAAGAAGAGGAAGAGGAACGCCGGGAAGGACCGCAGGAAGCUCCCCCCCAGACAGCCGCAGAGCCAGCAGGAGGCCUGAAGAAGAACCUGCUGUGUAAUGACCCGUCUGGGCCAUCAGGGGGCGCUGUGGUCCCAAGAGAAGACUUCACUCUGACAGGUCUCUCUCUGCUGAUGUGUUCAGAUGGAGAGUCUGUGGUGCGUUCAAUGACAUCGGGAUAUCUCAGCAUUCGAAUAUUCAGAGGAUGUUUUUGUCGACGUUGAGAACAGAAAUCCAGACUUUGUAUUUUCCUCUGAGACGUUCCUCCGUGUCUCUCCGUCUCCUCCAGCCGGGGUCGUCCUCUCAGGAGACGAUCCACAGACCAGACCCCCCCCCCCAGAGAGUCCCUGAACAUUUAGGGAGACGAUUUUUUUCUCUGCAGUUUAAUUUUGACAGGAAGGAACUGAACGAUGAGGACAAAUGUUAAAACUGUUUUUUAACCCUGUACAUUAACUCUGGUAUUUUGACUUGUUGUGUUUUGUGCUGAAAUCUUUGAAUAAACGGUCUUUAUAAAGAAAACCA